CGCAGCUCGAACACAGAAUAGCAGAGCUUUUCACAGUGGCUCAACGGUAUACUCCUGAUGUUCUGCUGAAUAGAUAACAUCGAAUCGGACUUUUCCGAUUCGUCAUCUUCGCAAAAUAUACUUCACGGGAAAAUCAAAAUCCUAGGUUCUUAUCAUGUUAGAGAUACAAACGAUAUUUUUCAUUUCUUAUAAAUAUGAUAAUAUGUAUAUGGCUCGAGCAACAGAAUACUUUAGCUACAGAAUAAAAAUCUAUUUUUAACUUUGUUUUUAGAUAUUUAACUAGCUAGUUAACUAGGAUAGAAAAGUGGUGGUCAAGAGGCAGCAUGCGGAAGGCGGAAGCGGAACUGCAGAAGUGAAGCGGCGAGAUGGAGAGGCUGCCCUGAAAGCGGUCUAGUAGAAGUAACGAAGAGCAAGACUCUAGUGCUCCAAGGUCUACGGCUUCGUGAAGAGAGCAGCGCAAGGAAAUGGAUCUUCACAACCUCAGUAGUCCACGCUCGCAGCAGCCUGAUCUUCUUGCCACUCUUCCUCGCACCGUUCUGCAACCGCGUCCGCAUGUCGCCUCGUGGCCACCACUUGUCUCUCUGGUUUAACUAGUUAGUUAAAUAGCGGAAAAGAACUAGCCCCCUGGAGUGGUUCCCCAGGGGAAGGAGUCGAAGGGAGCGCGAGACAUUCGCAAGACGGGAAACGUAAAAGACAUGCAAGGAGGGGGGAAAGUGAAGAAGUGCAACAUUAACGAACUAAAGGGAAGAAGUCCUAACUUUCAAAAUUCAUGCCCUAAGUUUCAAAAUUCAUGCCCUAACUUUAUCAAUUCAUGCCCUAACUUUCAAAAUUCACGCACUUACUUUCAAAAUUCACGCCCUAAAUUUCAAAACUCACGCCCUGACUUUCAAAAUUCACGCCCUAAGUUUCAAAACUGAUGUCCUAUCUUUCGCAAUUCAUGCCCUAACUUUCAAAAUGCAUGUCUGAACUUUUAAAGUUCACGCCUUAACUUUCAAAAUUCAUGCCCUAACUUUCAGAAUUCAUCUGCUAACAUAACUCACAAAAUUUAUGCUCUAACUUUCAAAGUUCAUGGCUUAACUUUCGAAAUUCAUGCCUUAGCUUUCAAAAUUCAUGCCCUAACUUUCAAAGUUUAUGUCUUAACUUUCAGCGCUCAUGUCCUAACUUUCAAAACUCACGCCCUAACUUUCAAAAUUCAUGUCCGAACUUUUAAAGUUCAUGCCUUAACUUUCAUUCAAAAUUCAUGUCCUAACUUUCCGAAUUCAUCUCCUAACUCUCAAAAUUUAUGUUCUAACUUUCAAAAUUCAUGGCUUAACUUUCGAAAUUCAUGCCCUAGCUUUCCCAAUUCAUGUCGUAACUUUCAGAAUUCAUGCCCUAACUUUCAAAGUUCACGCCUUAACUUUCAAAAUUCAUGUCCUAACUUUCAGAAUUUAUGGCCUAACUUUCAGGAUUCACGUCCUAACUUUUAGCACUCACGUCCUAGCUAACUUUCAAAAUUCGUGUCCUAACUUUCGAAGUUAACUCAUGUUCUAACUUUCGCAAUUCAAAAGGUAACUUCAAAACUCGAAAAGUAAAUUCAAAAUUCAAAAUAUAAAUUCAAAAUUAAAAAAGAGAAAUCAAAACCAAAAAAGAAAAAGCAAAGCCCAAAAUGAAAAAAGAAAACAAAGGCAAGACUUUAUAAGUAGAUAGAUUUUGAAAAAUGAGUUUUUAUUUUUCUGCUAUAGUAUUCUGUUGCUCUAGCCAUAAUAUAAGAAGAGUCGACUCUUGAAUUCUUAGGCCUAUGAGAUUGUUAAAGUGGUCCAUUUACUAUCUUGUUUGUCCAAGAGUCUUCCUUUCAAUUGCAACUCAGGGCCGAAGACCAAGCGGCAGAACGUGUCCAGCCGGGCGCACCACGACGCGGAGCGCCGAUAUGUGCAAGCUGUAGCCGUGAGGAUGAAGGUACUCAGAUUUGUCUUAUUGUUGUUCACCCCCCAAUGACAAUGAAUUAGACAUCACUUUUUUAUGAGCUGACUCGAUAUAAGAUUUGAAGAAAAACUAGAGGCUAAAAGGAGUGACAAACAUAGCGACACCCGGUGGGGAAUACUCGCCGUGAAGCGUUAAAACAGUCGUACAAAUUUAUUUUUCGAGGUUUAUUUUCAAUGAAAAUCAACAUUCAGGUCGAGUUGCGGCUCACUUUGGACAGGCUCGAGGAGCCUCAAGGCGCGAGCCGACUUCGCGCAGAAGAGAGACACAGAUAAUUUCGAACCAUCAAGCCAAAGCGACCGCUAGCGAACCGAGAACAAUGAGUGGGUCCAGCGAGGGGUUGCGCCACAGAGCAGCCCUCGUCGCAUAUUUUGAAGCUACCAGUGAUCCUGAGAACGCGAAUCUUCGAGACCAGCGGCUAGAAAAGCUUAGAGCUGCGGCUCAAAAAGAAAUGAAUAGUG